UUGGUAAAAUGAUUUUCUGGAAAAUAUGUCAAACUUUGUAUGAAAUAUAUCGAAUUGUAUAUUGGAAAUGGAGAUGGAAUUAGAUAGAGACUAUGGCAACGCAUACCGUAUCGAACAAACUACACCAAGACUCUGCUUGGGUAUAAGUGAUUUCAAUAACAUACUGUUUAUCCGUUCCACGUGAAAACUACGAUUCCCUGUCGUAUCGUAUGUUAUAUAUAAAUUUUCUGUUUCCUCGGAAAUGACGGACGAAUCGCAAGAUAAAGUAGAAGGUAGAAUUGAGAAGAGUAAGGGAAGAAAUCCGGUGAACUUCGAUAGUAUUUGUAAGGAAAUUAUGCUACGAGAUAAGUUAUCUCGGCGCAACUGGUCCAGAAAGUAUGAACAUCUGUCGGGUGAAUUUUUUAACAAGGUGCUGGCCGAAGAAUGCAGAAAGGAGGGAUUUCCGGCGGACACUUUCCAACACAAACCACCGGAAGAUGCGAUUAAGCGUUCACCAAUUCUUCUGAAACCAUCGCCGUUCAUUCCCAGAACGGCAUCCGGUAUGAUAGGCUUACGAUCAUCUCGUCCAGAAUAUAAUCUUGAGUUUACAGGUCACUGGUAUAUCUCGCCGAAAAAAACGAUCGAACCACCCAUUGCACCUGGUGAAUUUCGCGUCAUGCAGCAAAGAUUCAUUUUUCUCGGUUAAGCAGAGAAUUCGAGUAAAUUAUGGAAUAUAUAUUUUAUACA